AUGACCGUUAUUACCGACAAUACUGCUCCUCCAGAAUGGGCAAAAGUUCGAUACAAUCGUCGUAUACCAGCCAUGAAAAUCCGCCAUCCAAUCAGUCGCCGUAUUGUCACUGUAGAUCCCGUUAAAUAUAAAACCAAUUUCCGUCGAUUUGAAAUGGAUGCAUUUGAACGACCUAUUUCGUCAUUAAAAUUAUCCCCCCUAUCAACACCUGAACAGGACGAAACAUUACGUAAGCGGUGUGGCAUAUGGACAUCGGAUGAAUUAGCAUUUGUUGCACCCAAAAUUGACGAAAAAAUGGCACUUUCUACACUACGAUUCGAUAAAAAGCCACGCAAAAGAUAUCAUGCAACUACCGGUGAAGAGCUUCCAGGUGAUGAUCGUGCUCUUCGAUACGAAAGAAAGGCAUUGCUGAAUAUUGCUGGAAGGGUGCUAAAUGAAGAUGAAGAUGCCGUUUCUGCUAUUCAUCAUCGCAAAUCGCUCAUGCCCGCACCCCAGCUUGAUUCUACUGAUGCAGUUGCUGGUGUAGUAUCAUUUACUGACGAUGAGGAUCAUUAUUCUUCAUAUAUGCCAUUGUAUGGAAUGGAUGAUGAUGACGAUGACGAUGAGGAUGAUUAUCUUGGAAUUAAGCUUGCACCUGGUAAACAAAUUGUCAAGACUGCACUCAAAACUACUGCACCAACCCCUCUUGCCGGUUUGUUUGAUGACGACUCAUUUGAAGUUACGCCUGCUAGUUUUGGAGCAAAUCCACUCAAACGACCUGCUAGUCCAGGCUUGUUUGAUGAUGAUGAUGAGCCAAGAGAUCAAGAACAAAUCAAGCGCCAGUCAGCUCUUGAUCUAUUUAGUGAUGAUGACAGCAGCGAUAACGAUCAGAGUAAAAGGGAAAGUGUUGAUCUUAUGCACUUGAAAAACCAGCUUGCUGGAGUCGGCACCGGACAGUCUCAAGAGGUGGAACAAAUGAACUUUUCACAGAUGUUGGACAAAACCUCUACAACGGCAAAUCAUUUGGAACCAUUUACCAUCGUGACAACAAUGAUGGCUAAAGACAGCUCCUCUUCCUCUUCCUCAUCUUCAUCCUCAUCUUCUUCCACGGCAUCAUCGGAUUCGAGUUCCAAAAAUGGAUCAGACAAUGAUGAGACUGGUACAUCAGAUACCAACAUGGAUGGAUCAUCUGAUGAAUCUUCCAAUAGCAGCAGUUCUUCUGAUGGAGAUAAAGAUGGCUCUGAUGAUGAACACAAUGAUAAAAAAAAGACUGUAUCUACCAAGAGCGACACGGAAACUUUGGAUGAUGAUACAGAUUCAAGUGAUUCCGACGAUGACGAUGACAAAAGUAUAGAAGCCAGCAAAAAUCUGUCAAGAAAAGGCAAUCACAAAGAUCCCGUCGUGUCAAAUUUGUCAUCAUCUAAUAGCAAUGGGGAAAAAACUGAGCUUGGCAAUCAGUCAAAGAAUACUGAGAUGGAAAUUGACAAGUUGGAAUUAAAGUCGCAGGCUGCUGAUGUAGAUCAAAAGGGAUACAAAGUUUACACGAAUAUACGGGCAUCACUAUUUGCAUCUCAAGAUGCACCUGGGUCCCUUUUUAAUCUAGGAGGUGAUGGUCAGGAUGACAACAAGAUGGACACGGAUCAAGUCUACACUUUAGAAAAGCCAUUUGAUUUGCUUGGUACGCUACAAGGAUCAUCUGAACAUGCUAACCCGGCCACUCAAACCGAGACUAGCGCUCAAAACACCAGAGAUAUUUUUGGAGAAUUCAGUACUUCCAAAUUCUUUUUUGCUCAUCAGGAUAAACCUUGUAUGGCAUCUCGAUCGAUUCUUACCACACCUGACGGCGAAUCAAACAUUUUUCAACGAACCAAUACAGUGGAGGAAAUUGAAAAGAACUGGGAGGAUCUGCGAGGCGAGUUGACGGAAGAGUUUAGACAAAAACACAGAUCAUCUGUAAGGAGUCAAAAAAUGCACAAGUCAAAAUAA